GGAUGACAGCUGGAACUGUUGUUAUAACUGGAGGAAUUCUUGCUACGGUGAUACUCCUGUGUAUCAUUGUUGUGCUUUGUUACUGUCGACUUCAGUAUUAUUGCUGUAAGAAGAAUGACUCCGACCCAGAUGCUGUUUGCCAACAACCGCAGUUUGCCUGCAAUGCAUGCAGCACCCCCAGGGCGGACUGGGUCAUGGCUACCCCACUCUCCCUGUCGCCGGAACUCAAGCCAUCACAGAGUUUCUUCCCCACAUGCUCUCCAUACAGCUCGCCAUUCUACGUUCGCACCAUGGAUGAAACACGGAAUGGGGACGGACGGAUCACGUACAUGCCCACCCACUACGACAGCCCCUCCCUGUCUCUUACCCUUCCUUCUUUACACAGUGCAUCACUGAGUUCCCAAACCCAACCGGACUUCUACUCCAACACACGUGCCAUUAGCACUGAUGUCUGA